AUGUAUAAAAUUAAUAUUUAUUUAUUAAUAUUCACAAUAAUAUUAGCUUCAUUAUUUGCAACAUCAAAAUCUUUAGUUGUACAAAAAAAUGUUGGUGAAAUUGAUAAUAACCAAUGCCAAAUAUGUGAAUUAUUAGUAAAAGAUAUUAUUGAAGGUCUUACAGCUAAUCAAUCAGUUGAAGUAAUUGAACAUGGAUUAAACUUAAUUUGCGAUCAUAUUCCAUUGCAUGUUAGAGUUUGCAAACAAUUUGUUGAUUCAAAUUUCCAAAAAAUUGUUCAAUUCAUUGAAAACCAUGAUGACCCACAAGAAAUUUGUGAAAAAUGUGGAGUAUGUGGCUCUUCUGAUGAAUAUAAUAAAAUUGAUACCCGUUACUUUCCACAACAUAAUCAACACAAAAGACAUUUGAAAAAACAAAAUAGUAUUAAAAAUUAA